UAUUUUGGAAACAUAUUCUGCAUGUUUUCUUCGAACCAAAACUGUAACUGGGUAAGGCCAAGAAUCGUAAACCUAGGUUUACGAUUCUUGGGGUAAGUGAAUGUCAACUGUCAAAAAUGUUUACCAAACCCGAAGAGGGUUAAAACUUUUGAUUGCAAAUUUUAAAUGUAAUUAUCAGACGAUCACCAACCCAUAAUUCAACCAUGAAAUAUCUUUCAUGACACCAAAGACACAAAAGAUGAUAACUAUCUAUUGGCAAUUCAGUAACAUACCAAAAUACGUUUUCUCUUCGGUACACUCAUUCUUCCAAAAAUGUCGAAUUACAUUCCGUUCUCUAACAUACAAUCAUUUUAUGGAUCAGAGUUAUAUGGCAGAUAUUUGCAUGGGUCCGAUGUUCUGGUUUGUGGACAACUUUACGAAUACCAUAGGCACUUUACUGGUGAUAGCGGUAGUGGCACUUACAGCCUCAGUCGUUAUUAUAGCCUAUUGGAUUGGAAUUCCAUACUGGUGGAAUAGGAAUUACCUAAUUUGUAUAUUUUUGGUCAGUUUUGGUCAUUGGCUCCUUUUAAAUAUAUGUUUUCAUUAUUACAUGGCAGUUUUUACACAUCCAGGAUUCCCACCUGAGGGUGAAUUAAUAGCAGAGGCUGUUAGUAUAUGUAAAAAAUGCAUUGCUCCAAAACCUCCUCGCACACAUCAUUGCUCAGUAUGUAAUAGGUGUAUUUUGAAAAUGGACCAUCAUUGUCCAUGGCUAAACAAUUGUGUUGGCUAUAGAAACCACAGAUACUUUUUCCUGUAUAUGGUAUACAUGGUGGCUGGAGUGUUGUUUAUUAUUUUAGCGGGAUUUGAUGUUGCAUAUACUAAUUUAGCACUGAGCGUUAGUGAACUAGAUUAUCCAGAACUUGAAGGCCACUCAGUUAAAAUUAAUCGUACAGGAGCUCUCAUACCAGUUACCGAUGCAAUAUUGUUAGACUCAUCAUUGUUGGGUGAGGAUCUGGAUUAUGAGCCCCCUAAUCCUUGGAAAAGAAAAGCUAUAAUUUAUAUGGCUCUCAUCAAUUGUGGUGUGCUUAUAGCGCUUGGUGCUCUGUCUACGUGGCAUGCCCAACUCAUAAGUCGAGGAGAAACCAGCAUCGAAGCAAAUAUAAAUAAGGCUGAAACACUUAGACUUUCUGAAUUGGGAAAAGUUUAUCGAAAUCCAUACAACUUUGGGCCUAGAAAAAACUGGCAACUAUUUUUAGGUCUGGUGCAAGGAAGGUCCUUCUUCCGGAAUGUGCUCUUACCGUCGCCACACUGGCCAGAUGGAGAUGGUUUAACAUGGCAUACGAUCCAUGAUAGUUACGAUUGCACGUGAUUGUUGAACUUGUUCUAGUCAAUAGUGUUCCAAUUUCAGAAGCAGCUGGGGCAAACUAUUUUUUCAGUGAUUAAUUAUUAUUACCUAUUGUGAAUUAAUUAAAAAAAAAACAUCUUAAUUUUUUACUGGAUAAAUUUUUCGCUCUGGAUAAAGUUUCUGAAUAUACAUUCCAUAAAGGCUUUUAUAUUAUAAUUUUUUUU